GCCCUGCAGCAGCCUGCACAGAACACCUACUAUAGCCGGAAGAACCCUCUUGGUCUUAUCAUUGCCCUGGAUGAGAACAAUGAAGCCAAAGGAGAGCUUUUCUGGGAUGAUGGGCAAUCCAUAGAUACUGUGGCCAAGGAUGAGUAUAUUUUUUGUGAAUUUUCUGCCAGCCAAAGCCACUUGGAUGUGAAGAUUUUAAAGUCAGCCUACAAGGACCACAACAAUUUAACAUUUCGAGAGAUUAAAAUCUUUGGGACACAAGGACUUAGAAAUGUUACAGUCAAACACAAUGGUACUCUGAGUCAAAUGUCUCCUAGUGUGACUUAUGAUCCUAUCUUGAGGGUUGCUGUCAUCACAGAAAUUCAUCUUAUCCUGGGGGAAGCAUACAUGGUGGAGUGGGACAUAGACAUACAGGACGAGGAGAAAAUAGACUGCUAUCCCGAUGAGCAUGGUUUUACCGAAGCCAACUGCGCAGCCCGUGGCUGUGUCUGGGAGGAAUCCAGUUCACUUGGAGUUCCUUCUUGCUACUUUGUCACUGAUCUGUAUUCCGUCAGCAAUGUUCAAUAUAACUCGGACGGGGCCACAGCUGACCUCUCCUUGAAGUCUUCUCCUUACAUCAGUGCCUUCCCCACACCUGUGGAUCCCCUGCGCCUGCUUGUGACCUACCACAAAGAGAUGCUGCAGUUCAAGAUUUAUGAUCCAAACAACAACCGGUAUGAAGUCCCAGUCCCUCUGAACAUUCCCUUGGCCCCCUCUGGCACUUCUGAAACUCGACUCUAUGAUGUUCUCAUUAAGAAGAAUCCAUUUGGGAUUGAAAUUCGCCGCAAGAGUACAGGCACUGUCAUCUGGGACUCUCAGCUCCUUGGCUUCACCUUCAAUGACAUGUUCAUCCGCAUCUCCACUCGCCUUCCCUCCAAGUACCUCUAUGGCUUUGGGGAAACUGAGCACAGCUCCUUUAGGAGAGACUUGAACUGGCACACCUGGGGCAUGUUUUCCAGAGAUCAACCCCCUGGGUACAAGAAGAAUUCCUAUGGUGUUCACCCCUACUACAUGGGACUAGAGGAAGAUGGCAGUGCCCACGGAGUCCUCCUGCUGAAUAGCAAUGCCAUGGAUGUGACAUUCCAGCCCAUGCCUGCCCUGACAUACCGUACCACAGGGGGAAUUCUGGACUUUUAUGUGUUCUUGGGGCCAACUCCAGAGACUGUCACUCAGCAGUACACUGAGGUGAUUGGUCGUCCUGUGAUGGUACCUUACUGGUCCCUGGGGUUCCAGCUUUGUCGCUAUGGAUAUGAGAACGACUCUGAGAUCUCCAGCUUGUACGAUGACAUGGUGGCUGCCCAGAUCCCCUAUGAUGUGCAGUACUCAGACAUCGACUACAUGGAACGGCAGCUGGACUUCACCCUCAGCCCCAAGUUUUCUGGAUUGCCAGAUCUGAUCAAUCGCAUGAAAGACAGAGGGAUGCGGGUCAUCCUCAUUCUAGAUCCAGCCAUGGUAUAUGAGACAGAGCCGUAUCCCUUCACUGAGGGAGUGCAAGAUGAUGUCUUCAUUAAGUAUCCAGAUGAUGGAGGAAUUGUCUGGGGAAAGGUCUGGCCUGAUUUCCCUGAUGUUGUUGUGAACAACUCUCUAGACUGGGACAGUCAAGUGGAGCAAUACCGAGCUUAUGCGGCCUUCCCGGACUUUUUCCGUAAUUCAGCUGUCCAGUGGUGGAAGAGGGAAAUUGGAAAAAUGUAUAAUAAUACAGAAAGUCCAGAGAAGAGCUUGAAGUUUGAUGGCAUGUGGAUUGAUAUGAAUGAGCCUUCAAGCUUUGUGAAUGGGGCCGUUCCUGCAGGCUGCAGGAAUGCUACUCUGAACCAUCCUCCCUACAUGCCGCAUGUGGAGGACAGGGGUGUGGGCCUCAGCAGCAAGACCCUGUGCAUGGAGAGUGAGCAGAUCCUGCCGGAUGGUUCGCGGGUGCGGCACUAUGAUGUGCACAGCCUGUACGGGUGGUCCCAGACCAGACCCACCUAUGAAGCUGUGCAGGAGGUGACAGGAGAGCGAGGGAUCAUCAUCACCCGCUCCACAUUCCCUUCUUCUGGCCGCUGGGCAGGACACUGGCUGGGAGACAACACAGCUGCUUGGGAUCAGCUGAAGAAAUCUAUCAUUGGCAUGAUGGAGUUCAGUCUGUUUGGCAUCUCCUAUACAGGGGCAGAUAUUUGUGGGUUCUUUGAAGAUGCUGAAUAUGAGAUGUGUGCUCGCUGGAUGCAGCUGGGAGCCUUUUACCCCUUCUCCAGGAACCACAAUGGCGAGGGGAACAGGAGACAAGACCCUGUGUCCUGGGAUGCUGCCUUUGAGAAUAUUUCCAGAAGUGUAUUACAGACCAGAUACACUCUAUUGCCCUAUAUCUACACCUUGAUGCACAAGGCCAACACAGAGGGAACCACUGUUGUGAGGCCUCUUCUCCAUGAGUUUGUGUCUGACAGGGAGACCUGGGACAUAGAUGGUCAGUUCCUGCUGGGUCCAGCUUUCUUGGUCAGCCCUGUCCUGGAGUGUAAUGCCACAAAUGUCACUGCGUAUUUCCCUAGAGCCCGGUGGUACGACUACUACACGGGUGUGGAUAUUAAGGCCAGGGGACAGUGGAAGGUGUUGCCAGCGCCUCUUGAGCACAUUAACCUUCAUGUCCGUGGGGGGUACAUCCUGCCCUGGCAGGAGCCUGCACAGAACACCUACCUCAGCCGCCAGAAAUUCGUGGGCCUCAAGACUGCCUUGGAUGAUGAGGGAACUGCUGAGGGCUGGCUCUUCUGGGAUGAUGGGGAAGGCAUUGAUACCUACGGAAAAGGACUCUAUUAUUUGGCUCACUUUACUGCCAGCCAGAACACAAUGCAGAGCCACAUAAUUUUUAACAAUUACAUUACUGAUACGAACUCUUUGAACCUGGGAUACAUUGAAAUCUGGGGAGUGGACAAUGACUCCAUUUCCAAUGUGACCAUUUCCCUGAACAACGUGAAUGAAACAGUCCCUUUCAUCUAUGACUCUUCAACACAGGUGUUAAGCCUCAAUGUGACCGGUAAAAGCAUCAGCCUCCAUAAUUUCACUUCAUUGACAUGGGGAAGCUCUCUGUAAAUUUUUGGAGUGUGAUAUUAUGAAUAGCUCUGAAACUACUUAACCUUUAUUCUCACUUCAUCAUUAUAUAUUACUAAUUCAUUUAUAUCCAGUAUAGAUAGAAUAUUUUUGUAUUGAUUUUGUUAUACAUUUUGUGUGUCUUUAAUCCUGAAAGUAAAAUCAUUGCCCUAUGGGAUAGGCAGAAGGGAGGUGAGGAAAAUCUGUGUAUUACUUUAAUGUCUGUGUAUGAUAGUAUAAUGGGGGAGGAUUCAUCAUAAUGACAUUCACCAAAGAUGAAAUGGGGGGCCCAUGAAAAAGUGUGUGUGUGUGUGUAUUAUCAUCAUGGAAUGGGCUCUACUCUUUGUUAAAGACAAAGAAACUUGUCAUAACUGUUCUUGGUCUGAAGCUAACCAAGAAAGUGUCCAGAGAAAAGUCUGCUAGUUGGUUAUAGGGAGAGGAGAAGAAGAAGAAUAUGCUGAGAGCAUGACAUAAGUAAGAAAAAGACAAAUACAUGAAAGAUAAUCAGGAAAGAUCUGAGGCAAUAGAAGAUGAUGACAAAAGUGACCCCAAAUUAUCAAGACUAGGAGGCUCAAGGUGGGGGAGGAGAAAGAAGGAACUCACUUGAGAAGUGAGUUUGGAGAAAUCCUUAGCAUAGGGAAACAGGAAGGAAUGAGAUUUACAAAGGCAAAGCUGAAGGGAGAAGUUUGGGUGUGAAAAAUUAUUUAUAUUCAAAAGAGUGUGUUUUGAAAUGUACAUGUUUUAUUAGUUUACACUGCCUCAUGUAUGUAAUGAAUUUCACACAAACCCAUAUGAUUUCUAUACUAUGGAAAAUAAAUAAAUUUGCAAGAGAUUUUGACUGUUGUGAUCUGUUGUCUAAGGGCUAAGGUGUCUUUUUGUUCAGCAAUCUUCUGCAUGCUGGUCUUUCUAGUUCUCUUUGGCAUUAGAGACCCUGAAGUCUAAUCCAGACAUGAAAUGACUAGAUUUAUGACUAGC